AUGUUUUCCCUCCCGACUCCACCGUCCGAACCGGACCCAAGAUGGACACCUGCCAUCGCGACCGUUAGUCUUGGGGCGGCUCAUUUGCACUCGCUCCCGGCCAAAAUUGAAGCGGCCGCGCAGAAUGGUCAAAAGGGGUUGGAGCUCUUUCACGACGACCUUGCUCACUUCGCCAAAAAGCUGCGCGAUCAAUUAGAUCGUGGUGAAAAGAUACGCAGCGACCGCGACUAUGAGAUCGACGCCGCGCAUGCAAUUCGCAAACUAUGUGCCCAGAAGGAUCUCCAAAUCUUGGUGCUACAACCUUUCCGCCAUUUUGAAGGGCUGUUGGACCCUGAUGAGCAUGCCCGGCGAAUCCAUGAGCUGGAGCACUGGGCAGAAUUAUGUCGAAUCCUCGGGGAUAAUGUUUGCAUCCUCAUUCCGUCAUCAUUCCUCGACGCAUCCCAGAUCACCGGCGAUCGGGACCGUCUCGUGUCGGAUCUCCGCGAAGCCGCGGAUGUGACAUUCCCUGUGCGCAUCGCUUAUGAAGCCUUAGCCUGGGGCACCUAUGUCAAUACAUGGGAGCAGAGUUGGGAGAUCGUCCAACGUGCCAAUCGUCCCAAUCUCGGUAUCUGUCUUGAUACAUUCAACAUCGCCGCACGGGUUUGGGCAGAUCCAACCAGUCCUACCGGGCGUCUGCCUGCACACGCCGACCGCGAGUUGAGCAAGUCCAUGGAACGACUUGUCUGUGACGUUGAUCCUGACCGCGUCUGGAUGGUCCAGCUGGCCGAUGGAGAACGGGUAGAUCCGAACGUGCCGUUCCUCCAAACGCUCGGCGCACCCAAGUUACUGUCGUGGUCGCGCAACGCGCGCCUUUUCCCUUGCGAAGAAGAGCGCGGUGGGUAUUUACCAAUCCUCACGGUGGCAGACGCAUGCCUUCGUGGACUUGGCUAUCGGGGAUGGGUCAGUAUGGAAGUAUUCUCUCGAACCACCUCAGACGCAAAGCCAUCCGUUCCAAACGACCACGCUGCGCGGGCGGCGAAAUCAUGGCAGGGCCUGUUGCAUCAACUAGAUUCGCGCAAAAUAGGUUGA